UAUUACGUCACACAGAAAGUCUUUAAAACCCACCCGCAGAGACAGAAUUGUCAUUUCUCUUCACAGCACAACCGAUUCAACAUAUAACAGCGACCAACAUAUAUACAGAGCAAAUGGCGAAAACUCAACAAUCUCGAUUAGGAAAAGUGUUUUAUGAAUUAUUUUGUUUGCCUGUUAUUCUCGACUGCCAUUGCGAGGAGUGUGAACCGAGAGACAUCUUGAGCGUUUCAACUGAAUCUGAAGUGUUUGUCACAGCACAAACAAGCUUGAUCUCACUAAUGGCAGAUAACAAUCAAGACAACGUGGAGAUUGUUCCCCGUAAAAAGGGAAAGUGGAAAAAGAGGCUAAAAGUGGUCAAAGAUUUCUUUUGUGAGCCACUUAUCCUCGACUGCUCAUGCGAGGAGUGUAAGCUAAAAGAAUCUACUGAGAUCAAGUCCAAGAGCAUCGAUGAAGAAUCUGAGGUGUACGUCACAGCACAGACAAGCUUGAUCUCACUUGUUGAAGAUAAAACACAAGACACCGAGGAGGUUUUCUUCGACUGCUUAAGCGAGUUGUGUAGUCCUGAAGCAUCUCCUGAGCUCGACUCCCAGAGCAUUGAUGAAGAAUCCGAGGUGUACGUCACAGCGCAAACAACCCUGAUCUCACUUUUCGAAGUCAAUGCCACACAAGACAACGUGGAGAUUGUUCCCCGUAAAAAGGGAAAGUGGAAAAAGAGGCUAAAAGUGGUCAAAGAUUUCUUUUGUGAGCCAGUUAUCCUCGACUGUUCAUGCGAGGAGUGUAAGCUAAAAGAAUCUACUGAGAUAAAGUCCAAGAGCAUCGAUGAAGAAUCUGAGGUGUACGUCACAGUGCAAACCAGCUUGACGUCACUUGUUGAAGAUAACACACAAGACACCGAGGAGGUUUUCUUCGACUGCUUAAGCGAGUUGUGUAGUCCUGAAGCAUCUCCUGAGCUCUACUCCCAGAGCAUUGAUGAAGAAUCCGAGGUGUACGUCACAGCGCAAACAACCCUGAUCUCACUUGUCGAAGUCAAUGCCACACAAGACAACGUGGAGAUUGUUCCCCGUAAAAAGGGAAAGUGGAAAAAGAGGCUAAAAGUGGUCAAAGAUUUCUUUUGUGAGCCACUUAUCCUCGACUGCUCAUGCGAGGAGUGUAAGCUAAAAGAAUCCUCUGAGAUCAAGUCCAAGAGCAUCGAUGAAGAAUCUGAGGUGUACGUCACAGCACAGACAAGCUUGACGUCACUUGUUGAAGAUAACACACAAGACACCGAGGAGGUUUUCUUCGACUGCUUAAGCGAGUUGUGUAGUCCUGAAGCAUCUCCUGAGCUCUACUCCCAGAGCAUUGAUGAAGAAUCCGAGGUGUACGUCACAGCGCAAACAACCCUGAUCUCACUUGUCGAAGUCAAUGCCACACAAGACAACGUGGAGAUUGUUCCCCGUAAAAAGGGAAAGUGGAAAAAGAGGCUAAAAGUGGUCAAAGAUUUCUUUUGUGAGCCAGUUAUCCUCGACUGUUCAUGCGAGGAGUGUAAGCUAAAAGAAUCUACUGAGAUCAAGUCCAAGAGCAUCGAUGAAGAAUCUGAGGUGUACGUCACAGUGCAAACCAGCUUGACGUCACUUGUUGAAGAUAACACACAAGACACUGAGGAGUGACGCAGAGCAGCGGACUUCUCCCUUCUGAUGGCGGAUCCUCCUCGGUGAGUGGACUCUUCCUCAGUGGCGGAUUUCUCCUCCGGAGCGCAGACUUCCCCUGGGCGUCUCGGCAGCGAGCUAUAGAUUUAGAAGAGCAGGUCCUUUUCAGGACCAAUAUUACCUCCGGGCAUCAGAUGCGAAGCCCCUUGGAGCUCCCGCCUUCGGGAGGUCGAGCCCAAGAGGAGGCAUCGCAGAGAUGACGGCCGUGCUUCCCCGGGCCGGAGAUGCACGUUGAGCUCACUAGACGUGGAGUAUGCCGUUUGCGGCUUGCUCCUGUCUGAUGUGAAGCCCCUUAGAGCUCCUGCCUCUGGGCGGUCGAGCUCAGGAGGCAACGCAAAAGUGAGGGCCGUGCUUCCCCGGAUUUCCCCGAAGAUCCACGUGGAGCUCAUUAGACGUCGGGUAUCCCGUCCGCGGCGUGCUCCUGUCUGAAGGGCUCAGGGAGCUAUUACUUUCCUGGACAGUGAGGUAGCUAAGGGCAAUGUUGACCACCCAGAUGGUCUAGCAGCCCUGGUGCUCCACGGAUGCUGCCACUAGGAGGAGUCGACAAAGUCUCCCAAGCUGCUUUCACCCUCCACGCUUUGGCGGUCAAUAGGGUCCAAAACGUUUUGGGGACCCAUUGGGUCAUAUGCCAGAGCGUUUGGAUCUGGUUGAUGGGAAGGUCAACACAGCUGUGCACCGCCACAGGCCUCGCGCCUCGAGCGACGAAGGUCAGGGUGUGUGCCCUGGGUUGGACGAGGUCCACGAUAGUGGUCCAAGGAUCUGUAGCUCAACCUUGCAAGAUGAAGCUCGGAAGGUCCGCCUUCUUGGACACCGCGCAGGCUGGGCUGGAUGGUGACACUGGCUUCCCCGGGCCGGAGAUGCACGUUGAGCUCACUAGACGUGGAGUAUGCCGUUCGCGGCUUGCUCCUGUCUGAUGCGAAGCACCUUAGAGCUCCUGCCUCUGGGCGCUCGAGCUCAGGAGGCAACGCAAAAGUGUGGGCCGUGCUUCCCCGGACUUCCCCGGAGAUCCACGUGGAGCUCAUUAGACGUCAGGUAUGCCGUCCGCGGCGUGCUCCUGUCUGAAGGGCUCAGGGAGCUAUUACUUUCCUGGACAGUGAGGUAGCCAAGGGCAAUAAUGACCACCCAGGUGGUCUAGCGGCCCUGGUGCUCCACGGAUGCUGCCACUUGGAGGAGUCGACAAAGUCUCCCAAGCUGCCUUCACCCUCCACGCUAUGGCGGUCAAUAGGGUCCAAAUGUUUUGGGGACCCAUUGGGUAAUAUGCCAGAGCGUUUGGAUCUGGUUGAUGGGAAGGUCAACCCGGCUGUGCACCGCCACAGGCCUCGCGCCUCGAGCGACGAAGGUCAGGGUGUGUGCCCUGGGUUGGACGAUGUCCACGAUAGUGGUCCAAGGAUCUGUAGCUCAACCUUGCACGAUGAAGCUCGGAAGGUCGGCCUUCUUGGACACCGCGCAGGCUGCGCUGGAUGGUGACACUGUGGAGAUACUCUAUGGUGAAGAAGCAGACUGUUCCGUGACCCGAUCAUCUAUGGAUGCUGAGGUCCUGCGCACAGCCUGCCCUCCAUCAGCCCCGCCACCCCGCGGUGGCCCCUCUGAUACUGGGCCCUCCAAGGAUGGCCCGUCAGCGAUGUGGAGCCACGCAGGAGGAGGCCUCUACCCUGUUGGAUAACUGGCGAGGGUGAUGUGGGCAUGUGAACGUCUUUCGUCAGCCACUGGCUUGCCGAUCGUUCGCACCUCGCGUCGUCUGACCGUUCCCCAAGAGACGGUCCCACCGUCUUGUUCCUAAACCACGCGCCGGAAACGGUGUGUGGUGAUGAUGAGAUGUUGCAAGCUGUGUUCUUGGGUAUGACAGACCCAUCUUCGAGUCUGACGGGCAUGACGCCUAUACUGAACGUAUGGUUUGUCCUCAGGUGUGGCGGUCACAGCGGCUACGUUCUCCGGAAUGUUGCCGCAACCCUGUCUGUCCCCUUUGCGUGACCGCCGCCAUGGCGAGGUUGAACGCUUCAGUGAACGUCGGGGGUGAUCGGGGAUUCCCGUGUUUGUUAUUCCGCCAGCUUCGGCUCGCGGGUCAUUCAUGCCCCGACACGCUCACCUGGCUCGUCCCCGAUGGGCGGUGGUGACCGUCCCAUAUCGGACAAGACUCGACAACGUGCUCUGUCAUAACAUCUGAUAGCUACCUCCGGUCAUCAGAUGCGAAGCCCCUUGGAGCUCCCGCCUUCGGGAGGUCGAGCUCAAGAGGAGGCAUCGCUGAGAUGACGGCCGUGCUUCCCCGGGCCGGAGAUGCACGUUGAGCUCACUAGACGUGAAGUAUGCCGUUCACGGCUUGCUCCUGUCUGAUGCGAAGCCCCUUAGAGCUCCUGCCUCUGGGCGGUCGAGCUCAGGAGGCAACGCAAAAGUGAGGGCCGUGCUUCCCCGGACUUCCCCGGAGAUCCACGUGGAGCUCAUUAGACGUCGGGUAUGCCGUCUGCGGCGUGCUCCUGUCUGAAGGGCUCAGGGAGCUAUUACUUUCCUGGACAGUGAGGUAGCUAAGGGCAAUGUUGACUACCCAGGUGGUCUAGCGGCCCUGGUGCUCCACGGAUGCUGCCACUUGGAGGAGUCGACACGAUACACGAUGAAGUCGUUGCACGAUGAAGCUCGGAAGGUCCGCCUUCUUGGACACCGCACAGGCUGGGCUGGAUGGUGACAAUGUGGAGAUAUUCUAUGGUGAAGAAGCAGACUGUUCCGUGACCCGAUCAUCUAUGGAUGCUGAGGUCCUGCGCACAGCCUGCCCUCCAUCAGCCCCGCAUCCCCGCGGUGGCCCCACUGAUACUGGGCCCUCCAAGGAUGGCCCGUCACGCAGGAGGAGGCCUCUACCCUGUUGAGUAACCGCCUCAGAGGGGCCCUGACAGGAGAGCCGUGGCGAUGGAGAGUACACACUCUCUCCGGGCUUCCCCCAGUGAUAUCGCUGCCUUCCGCAAUCUCCUCGUGACGUUGCGUCGCCCGGCGGUAACACUAAGCAGGUAAGUAGGCAGAGCAGUCAAACCUCUCCGGGGUCCCACCCUGUGUAAGGUGACCGCUCUGUCAGCCACUAACCAGCCUCCCUGGCACGGUGAAGCAGAUCAUCCUCCGGUUUCGCAACACGGCACCUGCCGUUACGCACGAUCCAUCUCGCUCAUCACAAUCGCCUGGAGGGUAAGUUUCUUGGUUAACAUAACCUCGUCACCAGGUUCUCAGGAGCGCGACUCCGGCCGCGCUCCGUACCCUUUUAGGACCGUAGGUCUGCGGCGUGCUCCUGUAGGACCGUAGGUCCUACAUGGCCUUUGGGCAUGUGAGCCCCUCGGAGACGCCUCUCGUCCUUAUUGCGAUGAAGGCCGCUCUUGAUGGCGCUUGCAUCUGCAAGAGGGUAGGGACCUCCAGUAUUCUUCGUGUCCCAUGGGUGCCUGGAAAUUGGGCGGUAGUCUUCUGAGAUACCGGCCUGGUUACGUGCCCAAGGUUCCCACACUCCCUUCCGGGUCCAGGUGGUGAACCUGCAGGCGCUCCCCUCGGGAGAGAAGACCCAACCUCCUACGUGUUGUGUCCAGCGCACUGCGCCUCUACUUGGACCGCACAUAGAGCAUUAGCUCUGAGCAGCUCUUGUGUGUUCAGAAGCGGGACCAGGGGAGGGCUGUCUCAGACAGAGGCUUGCGGAUUGAAUUGUGGGCGAACAGUAUUAGCUUGUUGUGUUUUUUGUUGUUGACUAGUUUUGUUUCCAGACUUGCUCAUAUCUAGUUUAAGUGCUAAAGACAAUCUUCUCUGUUAAGGUCUCUCUAUAGUAAAUAAUAUUUGUUUUUUGACAGCCCUAUUAGUUAUUUUGAUGUGUGCGUGAGCGUCCUCUACAGUAAUAUCAUCUUCUUUUGUUUCCAUGUUUUAUCUCCGGGUUUCCGGCGACGCCUGAGAUUGACAGAUCCAGCUCCGGUUCGGCCUGAGGAUGUCCCCCUGAUGGCCUUUCUCUGUUUUUUCUCUAUCUUCUCUUUUCUCUCAAACUUAGCUACUAAUAGUAUUGCAAAUAGCUGGUUCGCUUAAUAGAUGAUAGAUAAAUGGGCUAAACAUGUAAUAGUAGCAGUAAAUUAUCUUAUUAUUCUAUAUAAUAUGAUGCAAUUCUCAAAGCAUUGUAGCAAGUGAGGGCCUUCAGGUUGACAUGGUCGAUCUAAUACGCUCGUCUACAUCUCAUUCAAUUUUGAUACAAUAAUUUAAUAACACUUUGAAUAUAAUGGUCUGAUUACUAGUUAUUUAUCCACCCAAUGAUUAAUUUUAAGAAAAUUCAGGAUAACAGUCCAACACCGCGGUAUAAUGAGCACACGCACGCUCUUAAGAGAGCAGCCCGGAAAAUGGAGCGUAACUUUAAAAAAACUAAACUAGUGGUUUUUCGCAGAGCAUGGAAGAAUAAAAUUUGAACUUACAGGAAAGCCCUAAAAACUUCUCGAUCAGCCUUCGUUUCAUCAAUAGUCAAAAAAAAUCAGCAAAAUCGACACAAAAAUGAACCAUCAGCGUCAUUAGAUGUUUUGACAUCAGCAUAGUAUUAUUAUAUUAUAUUGCAAUAAGCUAUUAGACCUUUAGAUAUAAAGUAUAAAGAUAUAGAUCAUAUUAAAUCUAUCAUCUAGAUUUAGCUUGUAGAGAUGCAGCAGUAGUGCCAGAGGAGAACUGGUUCCCCUGGCUGGGUCUGGGUUCUCCCGAGGUUUUUUUCUCCACUGGAGUUUUGGGUUCCUCGCCACUGUUUGCACACUUGCUGCACUUGUUUUGCCCGCCGGGGGGCUGCUGACAUCAGCUUUAGAAUUUUUUUCCUAUCAAAUGUUGCAUGUUGCUCUCCUUAGUCUGAUAUGAUGCUCUGCAGAAAGAACAGUUUUUCGUGUAACAGCUGCGACAUUAAUGAUCCACAAGAAAGACAACGUAGCUCAGAAUGAUAAAAAAGCGUUGUGUUCUGCAACACACAGAGAAGCGAAGAAAAAGAGAAUGAAACUCAAUAAAACGAUCUGCUUUGACAACAGAAUGCAUAACAUCUGCACUGAUUUCUUUCUCAUCCAGACACAACCUCUACCUCCACUAGAAUAGGCUUUGUGCCAUUAACCAGGGUCAGUCGUCUCAUCGAAGCCUUAAUAAAAACUAAUGUUCAGGACAAGUAAACUGUCCAUGCUGCAAAUGCCUUAAAAUAAUCAAACAAUCUAUUUUAAUAAUACAAAUAAUAGACAGAAACGUAUGUUUGUCCAACAAUAACAUGUAAAAUAGUGCUAAUGUAAUGUCUGAACAUAAUAUACCUGUGACAAUAAGAGUUGUUUCUAUUUAAAUAGCUCUGUUCACACAUUUAGUAUAUAUAUUUUUAUAUUAAAAACGUUGAAGACCCCUGGUUUAAUGUAUCGGUUAUAGUUAAAAUGUUUUCAUGUAAAGCUGCUUCAUGAAAAUUAUAAAAAGCGCUAUUUAAAUAAAAGUUGAGUUCAGUUAAGUUGGGUGAGUACUAAACACAAUUUUAUUUAAUGUUUUUACUUAAGUUCAUGUGUCAAAUCUCUUGUGUAAAUAAACUUAUUUUUGAACUA